AUGGAGAAGGCCUAUGAUAGGUUAGAGUGGAAAUAUAUCUUUAUCACUUUAGAAAAGUUAGGGUUUUGCGCCCGUUGGGUAGAUUGGUUACGACAGUGUAUUACCACAGUCUCUUUCUCAGUCCUUGUCAAUGGGAUUCCAGGUGAAACUUUUGUUCCCCAGAGAGGAAUUCGUCAAGGAGAUCCGUUAUCUCCCUAUAUCUUUAUUUUAUGUGCGGAAAUUUUAGCUAGGCAGCUACAACACGCCAGUUUGAUGGGAUCUAGAUCCUUAGGGGUCACUUUAGGACAUUCAGGUGUCAGAAUUCCCUUUCUGACUUUUGCUGAUGACACAAUGAUUUUUGCUAAAGCUUCGGAGGAAAGUUGUAUAACUAUAAAAGCUAUACUUGAUAAGUACUGUAAUAUGUCAGGACAAUUAAUUAACUUUCAUAAAUCUGCUUUUCAAUGUACGCAAAAUGUGUCUGAUAACGUCUCUGCUAAAUUUGCUGAGAUUCUUCAAAUGGAUGAAUCUUUCUCAUUAGGAAAGUAUUUGGGAUGCCCCAUUAUUGAUUCUAAAGUUACUAAUGCGACUUUUGCUGAUAUUCAAGAGAAAGUGUGCUCCCAAUUGACUAAAUGGAAAGCUAAUUCUUUAUCUCAAGCAGGGAGGACCAUUCUAGUUCAGUCCAACCUAGCAACCAAAGCGAACUAUCAAAUGCAAAGCUUCUCUCUUCCUCCAGCCAUUCUUUCCUCUCUUGAUAAAUGCUACAGGAAUUUUUUUUGGAAUAAAGCCAGUGAUGCGAAGUCCCCUAACCUGAUUGGAUGGGAUAAGAUAUGUAGUCCAAAGAAAUUUGGUGGGCUUGGCCUUCGAAAGGCUAAGGCUAAUAAUAAUGCUCUCCAAUUCAAGCUGUUAUGGAAGAUUUUGGAAUCUCCGGAUAAUCUAUGGGUGCAAUUAGUUACUCGUAAAUACCUUAAGGAUGUGGAUCUCUUUAAUUAUAAAGUCAAGGCUAAUGUUUCUUGGCAAUGGAGAAGAUUAAUGAGGCUUAGAAGUUCUUUUAAGAAGGGCCUCCGGUGGAUAGUGGGUAAUGGCGAUCAGAUUUCCUUUUGGUUUGAUAAUUGGAUUUUUAGUACAAACUUGGCUGAAAAAUGCUUAGUUCCCAGGGGGUCUGAAGCCUUAAAAGUUAGUUUUUUUAUUAAUCAGGAUGGUCAUUGGAAUGUGGAUUUACUUAGGCAGUAUGUCCCGGCUGAUAUUGCUUCAUUAAUAGCGAAUUAUUAUUUACCAAGUAACGUGUGUCGUGAUAAAAGGAUUUGGGGGCCUACUCCUGAUGGUAUCUAUUCAGUAAAGUCAGGGGUGGAGCUUCUCCAAGGGCUUAAUCAUCAGAUUUGUGCCCCCUCACCUUUUGGAUGGAUUUGGAAGCUGUCUAUCCCCCCAAAAAUCAAGUUCUUUUUAUGGAAAGUUUGUCAUAACGGGAUUCCGACAAAGAAAAGUGGCCAAGCGGCCUUUGGUUUUGUUAUUCGUGAUGCAGAAGGUGUUGUGAAGUUGUGUGGGGCUGGGACUUUGGAUGGUUCGGUUUCCAUUUUAGAAGCUGAGGCUAGGGGCCUACGGGAAGGUAUUAGGGGGGCUAAGUCCCUGGGUAUUGAUAAGUUGAUUGUUGAGGGGGAUAAUUUGGCUGUUAUCAAUGCUGUUAAAAGAGUAUGGAAGAUCCCUUGGAAGAUUCAUUCUGCUAUUUUGGACACGAUUCAAGAGCUAGGUCACUUUACGGAAGUGCAGAUUGAUCAUGUUUUUAGGGAAGCUAAUGCAGCUGCAGACUGGAUGGCGCAUAGAGGUCAUACUACGCUUUCCACUACUUAUUGGUUUGAUGUUUCUGAUUUAUCUUUCUCUGUAAUCAUCCGAAAGGAUGCUUUAGGGUGGCCCAAAUCCUGGGAUCCUCCCUAG